UCGGAAAUGGGUCACUCGCAUAAAUACCGUCUCUUAUUACGGACCAUCAAUCUGACAUGGUUAUAGUCAUCAUAAAAGAUAUCUGACGUGUUACAAACAGAUUCUGACGUCCUAAAUUGUCACAUAAGCUUGCAGACGCACGAGGUAAAUUGCAUACAAAGUAAGCUCAAUAAUAAGCCAAUUAAAACUAAGCACGAUGAAGCAUCAGCAAGUGAGUGUGGACUACUGGUCGAUGGGGAAAGCGAUGUUUAUUUAUCUGCUUAUAACAGCAAUGGGAUGGGCGAUGUUGAGGCUCUUCCACACAAUAUUUACCCUGCCGCGAAGAAUGAGGAACCAGCAGCAGAAUUUACAGAACACGCUAGAAGAUCUGCAGCGACGUUUCCCAGACAUGAACAUCACAGAGGAUGAUCUUAAGAACGCUGAGAAAGAUCUAGAAGAACUAAUGAAGGAGGAUGAAGAUAAGACGAAAACAGAAGAAACCUCGGAAGAAACAAAAGAACUGGACGAAAGCAAGAAGACAAUUUAAUGCACGACUUGAAGGUCAAUUAGUAUUUAAUCAGAUACAAUGUAUUUUAGGCAACCAUUACAAUUUUUUUUUGAUA